AUGGGCAAUUCAAGAAGUAACUACGAACGACAUGAAGAUGACGAACAACAACAACGAAUGGUUAUCGGCAAAGAAUUUCGUCUUCUUCUCGGCCAACUUCGCUUAUCAUCGGAUUUAAUUAAACGACAUAAGAUUUUGUUUCGCAACAAACAACAGUACCAUCGAGAUCCGUCGUUCUCGUCAUCAAAUUCAACCAUAGCAUCGUCGGCAUCGUUUGAUCAACCGAAUUCAGCUGUAUCAUUCAUUCAACUCGAUAUUCCGACAUCGCCGCUCGAUGCAAAAGAAUUCGAUACUCAUGCAUUCAUGCAGUAUCUUCUUCAACAAGAAUCCUAUGGUAAAGAACUUUCGCAUGUCUUUCGAAUUCCAAUUAAUAUAACAAAAACUCAUAAGAUUCGCACGAAAACAUUGCCAACAAUGAAAAUUGCCGCUGUUUAUUAUGAACAGUCAUGUUCAACACAUGACUUGAAUAUUGAAAUGCUCUCAUUAGAUUAUGAAACUGAACUGGAGCGAAAAAUCGAACAGUUCAAUGACAAAAAUAUCCUAUCUAUUUAUAUUUCAAAAUCAUCAGCCUAUGUAAUUUAUACGAAAAGUUCAUCCCUACACAGUAAAUAUAAACUCAUACGCUCGACAACAAUGUCUAAAACAGCACUUGACAAUUUUGAAUGGCUUCAUCCUUUUAUCGACUACUCAAACUUAGGGUAUCGCUUGUGCGGAAUAAUUCCCUUCGCGAAUUGUCCAAUGGAAAACUCUCUAACUAUCUAUUGGAUAUUCGAACAAGUGGAUACCAAUGAAACGAUUCAGUAUGACUAUUCUCUUAUCGAAUGUCAAUUGAAAGUAUCUUCGACUCCUAAUUGGUAUUCGUUACUGAAUCUAAUGGUCAAACAAGAAUGGAAAUUGGUGGCAACGUUGGAUUAUAAUCAAAAGAAAAAGACUAAUGAACAAACCUAUUUCUUAUUGUUCUUUCAAAGAUUGAAACAUUUGCGAGGUUAG